GUGACAGACGCAGAGAUUCGUACCGCGUACGACGACGAACGAAAACACCUCGGAAAAUACGAAUUCUAGGACGAGGCUUAAGACGCAUGAUCAAUUUUCUCUCUGUCCCUAUCUUUUGUAAAGAUUUCCCACGGUCAGCGAACGACUAUCGAUUUAAAAUAAAUGGGACAAAAGUCCUAUAGCCAUAAAAAUGUGGACUUAAGAGCUGUUGUUUUAUUUGAAUCGAUAAAUGUUAAAAUAAAAUGUUUAGAAAAGCAUUGGUGUGUUUGUUGACCUUACACUUUUAUUGGGUAAUGGCUCAAGGCGAGUGUAUAGACUUCCGUGGCAGACACAUAUCAAACGGUUUGCAUUAUGUGCCCGGCCCCGAUACAUGUACGCUUUGCAUCUGUGAAAAUGGUUUGCCUAAAGUGUGUAAGGCUGUCUUGUGUUCACCCCCACAAGAUUGCCGAUCAUUCCGUUUGGGCAAUACUUGCUGUGAGUUCAUUUGUCUUGAUGAUGUAGUGAAACCCACUGAUGGGGCGGAGGCCAAUAUCAGGGUUGCGGCAUCAGGAGCUGCUUCAGUGGUCCUAUUAACUAUAGCCCUUGUUGUAUAUAGAGUGAGGAAACAAAAACGACGUAGGCCUCUGCAUGCCGAAGACCAAAGAAGUUUGACUAGUAUUGGAUAUAUUAGUGGCAGUAUGGGGUACAUGGGAGGUACUUGUGAAACAGCUCAACUGGGUGCCUGGAAGCCUCCUUCGAACUAUCUUCCUAGAGGAGAAGCACCACCGCCAUACGAAGAGGCUAUGGCACAAUGCAGAUCUGAUCCUAUGAGAGUAACAAACGAAACAUCUUUCCACCGUUCAUACCCUUUGGAGCCUCGAGAUGAAGUCUGCGCGACCCACGCCUAUGUCAACCUACCACGACCACUCGUGCAGAUGGCCAAUACCCAGAAUUGCUACAACGCUCCACUCCUACAACCAGUACACCCGCCUGAAGCCAGGGAGGCGAUCGUCAUGCCGCAUCCAUUGGUAGCUAAUAUGGGGGUUGGGGGUCGCCUGACGGGGUCGCUGGGGGCUAUCAGCGCCCGCCUCAGCGUACCCCGCGAUGACCACGAACGUGACAGAGUCGAACGUGUCGAACGACCCCACAAUGUCCCCGGCUUCUACACCACACACACGGCACUACACCGCACUAUACCACGUAUAUCGACAGCCCUGGACACGUCCACACUAGAAGCGAUGGGUUUCAGCCGAGCGGACCGGUCCCUGGCGGGGGAGGUGAGGAGAUCCUUCCACAGACCAGACGCCAGGGAGAGAGACAGACCUCACACCGGGAGGAGCGUGCCCAGGAACCUGAACAUCGCGUCCGCCUCGCCCGCACACGAACAGGAAGACGAUCUCGCUGUGCGGCCCCGUCUCCACAGUGUCCACAACGAUGAAGACAAAAAGGAGUUGACACCACACAACCACCCGACACUACCUCUUACUGUGGACAAACCAUCCUGCGAGUGUAGCUACGAGGCAGCUCGCGACGCUGAUGAUUAUCGCAGCGAGUGUGAGAACUGUCACUCAACCAACAACUCGGGCUCUCCCCCCUCAGUUGGGAGGAGGGCGGUAGUGAGUGGUGCGGCGGAGGAACACAGACGCUGCAGAGACGAGCGCCGCCGCCGCCCGCACAGCCCGCCGCCACCGCUACACUGCCGCAGCCGGUCACUAAGGGACAGGGCCGUAACGGAAUGGGCAACCCUUCGAACUGGGAGAACUGGUUCAAUACGAUCCCAGACUCCGACAGCGAGUCAGAAGAGGAAUGAAAAUUUGUUGUAUUUAAUUUUAUAAAGAACUCUUCACACAAACACACUACCUAUAGAAAAAAAAAUAUAUUGAUGGAUUUUAAUUUUUCUUUUAAUGUGUCUGGUCGUUCUAACACAAAUAAUGAAAAGUAUAUUCUCAAAAGAAUUGAAUUAUUAAAAAAAUAUAUAUGUAUUUAAAUAUAAAAUGUGCCAAGUGUGUACGAGUCUUUGUAGAAUUAAGAUAAUUACAUCUUUUUUAAGAUAUUCUUUCUUUCUUUGUUUAAAUUAUAAUACUUAAUUGGUAGCACAAUAAUAUAAGACUAUGUUAUAUUGAAAUUCAUACCGAAUUCUGAACAAAACUAUGUUUAGGGUAUGUUUUUGGUUGUUAAUAAAAUUUUAUAAAUAUUUGGAAGAAAAAAAAUAUCUCGUUUCUUAUUCUGUUAUAGUGAUUUUUUUAUUAAUAGGUAUUUUAUUACUAAUGAUAAUGAUAAUGUUGAUAAAAUUUGAUAGGUCUCAAAUGUAUUUCCGGUUUAACUGAUAUUUAUUUCCUGUAAAUUGUAAUUAUCUUAUCAGUAGUAUUAUAAACUUUUUCGAUUUCAAAAAUAGUUAGUUUUUUUGUCUAUGUUUUUUUUGUCUAUUCAAUAUUUUUCUUGUACGAUAGACUCUUUCUUUAUAGAGAAAUCUGACAAGCAAGGUUCUUUAAGAUUUUAUGUCUGAACAAAUCUCAGGAAAGAUCUAUGUGAUUGUUAUUUUUCUUAUUAAUAUUUUAUAAUUUAAAUAUAACCAGGCAUCGACAUUCCCUAGUAUGUAAGGUUCACUAUUAAUUUUAUCAUGCACAUGGUGUUUUUUUUUUUAAUUUUUUGUUUGUUUUUCUUUUACAAAUUUCUAUUACCAAAGAGUUAUUGUUACUUUUUAAUGUUGUUUCCUCGCAAACAUUUCGUAAUUUUUAUUUAUAUAGUUUUGAUAUAUGUAAUUAUUUGAAGUGUUAGACCUCUUUAUCAUUAUGAAAUUUAUGAUUGGUGCCAAAAUUGGUGAAUUAGUACAAGGAAUGUGUCAUGAGAACGAAUUCAUGAAUUUGUAGGAGUAGUUAGGUGUAACUGAUUUUAAUGAGCCAUUUGAAUACAGGUGAUGCUGGUGAGAGAUGAUAUUUUUGAAAAUGACCGAGGCUCUUAAUUACUAAGUCGCAAUUUAAUGUACCAUUAUCCUAAACUCUUACCACGUGUUUGGAUCCUCAAACUAUAUACGGACAGUUUCCAGUUUUUCCUUUAAGAACUUUAUACUUACCGGGUGCAAACCUUUAUGAAUAUAAAACUGCAGACUCUACGUUUAUAGUUGGGAUACACCAGUUUGUGGUAGGGGUGCUCUGUUAAUGUCAGUGUUGGAAUGAGGUUUUAAUGAUUUAAUUUUUCUUUUUUUUUUAUCUGUGAUGAUUUUAUAUAUAUUCGAUAUUCUUGAAAUGAAAAUGACAUUCGGAUCAUGACAUUGACAGAAUAUAAGAUUUUCAAAAAGUCUAAUCUAUUUUUGAUUAAAAUAAUAUUAGGUUAGGGAUCAUUAGGGCUGAAGUGACAUGACAUUUAUUUUUUAAAUUUAAGUUCCGUUUUUAAUAUCUGAAGUUUCAGGGUUAUUAAAUAUUUUAAUAUGACUGUAAAGGAGUAUUACUUAACUAAAGUUAUUACUUAUCCACGCCGGCACUGCCGUGGUUAUGCAUAUAUAUAAUUGCAGUAAUUAAUUUAUUACCAAAGUAAAUGUCAAACGGUGGGUAUUAACUUCGGUUGAGUGAUAUUCGUCUAAUCGUAACAUGUCUCGGUACUGUGGGGUGUGGUCACUUCCAUAUCGACGUUUUCAAUAGCACGAGCUUCCUCUUAUGUCCAGAAACGAACUAAAGUGAGACAAAAACAAUGUGUAUUUUUCUAUAAAGAGUGUUUAGUGUUUGAACGUAGUUUUUGAGGGUAGAUAUUGUUUUUUGUUAUAUGGUUAUAGGUUUUGAGGAUAUUUUUUCUUUUCUCGUAUAUCUGCAGUACGGAUAGCAUCGAGUUUUUAUUGAUGUCAUUAUUAGAAUUUAUGUAAAUUAUUAUGUUUUUUUUAAUUUUUCUAGAUUUUUUUUAAUAUAUUUCCUUAUACUCGUCGCCCACCAAAUUUAUUGUAAUCAUUCCAAAGCAUUAUUUAUUUAUUUAUUUGUUGUUAUUAUAUUAAGUAUUCGAUACGAUUGAAGGAAAUGAAUGGAAUUUAUUAAGAUCAGUAUCAAAUAUAUUUCCGAACCAAAUAUGAAAUAAAACGAUUAAGAGGACA